UCUUUAUCAAAUCUCUAAAUCUGGGUUAGACCUCGAAACCCUAAGUUUCUCAAAACAGAACCUGUUUCCUUUAAUGGGUGUGAGAGAAUUAGGAUUGAGGAUGAGGAAUUUGAGAAAGUUGAAUUGCUCAAAGGUUGUAUCUUUACAAGAUAGUGAUUUAUUUGUAAUCGGGAAUUCUUUUCCAUUGCUUGAAGACCUUGAUAUCAGUUUUCCUCAGUAUUAUUCUCGUUUCAAUCCAAAUGGGUCUUUGGCUUUGGCAUCUUUUUCUGGGGUUGUAACAGAUGAAGGGAUUUUUGAUUUGGCGAUGAAGCUGAAUAGGCUGUGUAAGAUUAACCUUUCUGGUAAUCAUUUCAUUACUGAUAAAUCUCUUCAGUCUUUAUCAUCGAAUUGCGCUUUAUUAAGAGAGGUUGUGAUUCUUGAUUGUGAUUUCUUAACCCAGAAUGGUAUUAGUGUCAUUAUGCGCAAUUGUGGUAAUUUGUGUUCUAUUUCUUUGGAUAGUCUUGGAAUCCCUUAUAUAGAUUCGUUUUUUCAAGAAUCAUUUAGUUAUGCUAAGACUUUAUGUGAGCUUCAUGUCUCUAAUUCAUUUAUCUCCAAUGAAUUCCUAUGUUUGAUUGGAGAAGCUUGUCUUCCAUUGAAGAAGCUGACUAUCUCUCAAUGCUAUAAUUUUACAGCUGUUGGAAUUUCUUGUUUAUUAUAUAGGUGUCAGUUUCUUGUGUACUUAGAUCUUGAAGGGGCAAAUUUUCUCACCGAUGAAUCCAUUAUUGAGUUGUCGAAGUUACUUGGUAACUUGUCCAUUAUAAACCUUAGUUUAUGUUCUAAGCUCACUAGUCUGUCCUUGUUUGCGCUUAUAAAGAACUGCCCCUUGUUGGAAGAUGUCAAAAUGGAGAGAACAAACUUGGGGGUGGAAGAAUUUUCGACAGAUUUGAGAACAAACUUGGGGGUGGAAGAAUUUUCGACAGAUUUGGUGAUCAAUCCCCGAAUUAGAUCUCUAAAAUUGACUGGAAAUAACAGUUUAAGUGAUGAAUGUCUAAAAAAUAUUGCGUUAUGCUGUCCUCAUCUACAACUACUUGAAAUUAGCUACUGCCCUACUAUUACUGAAGAAGGGGUCAAAGAAGUUUUGAAAAAUUGCAGUGAGAUUAGGAAUUUGGAGAUGAACAGAUGCACGGGGAUAAAGAAUCUCGAUAUAAACUUUAAAGUUCCUAAGUUGGAGGUUUUGCAAGUGCAAGGACCGGCAAUCGACGAUGAAGCUUUGGCCAUUAUUGCAAAGAGAUGCCAGAGGUUGUCGCAUUUGAACUUGGAGGGUUGCUUGAAUGUGACAGCAAAAGGAGUGAAAGAAGUAGUACAAAACUGUACGCGAUUGAGGGAGAUAAAUUUGAAGUGGUGUGAUAAUGUAAAGGCUAAUAUUGUAUCAUAUAUGGUGUGCUCAAGACCAUCGUUGAGGAAGAUCAUCCCGCCAUGUGAAUUUUUUCCAACUGAUGAGCAUACAAGGUUUUUCUUGCGUCAUGGAUGUUUAGUCUGUAAAGUAUAGCUUUCUGGAGAACUCUGUUGUUUUUCCCCCUUAAUUAGGUUGAAGUUUGUUACUUUUAUAUGAAAUUGUUUGAAAGAGUGAAGGCAGGUUUUCACACUUAAGUUAAUAAAUUAAAGAUGUGUAAAUAACAAGUGUCAUUUGUUUCUAUAUGCUUGGAAAUUAGGUUCUAAGCUUGAGCAGCUUGUUUGAUAUAUGUGCAGUGUUACUGUGCCCAUAUUCUUUUUUUAAAGUACAUAAAUUGUGCUA